AUGGCUCCUUCCGUGAUCCACGGCAAUGGCUGCCGGCGGUUCCACUCUGGCAGUGGCAGCGCUUCCUUCAGCAGCAAGGCGACUCGUUUUGGAUCGAGGAGCGUGAUCAGUGCUGCGUCUGUCCUGCUGGUGACGCUGCUUAUGGCGUCGAGUUUGCCGAUAAGAGUGCUCGCCGCGAAUAAGCUGCUUCCUUGCACGUAUUCCAACAUCAAGGGGUACACCUCGUCCGUGCGUCCUUUCAAGGGGCUGCGGCUGAACUGGAAGGUGGUGGGAAGCAUAGUCAAGUUUGACCUGCGCGCGACAGGCCCCGCCAGCAAGGGCUGGUUCAGCGUUGGCUUUUCCACUGAUGGGGAGAUGACCGGCGACGCCAUCACCGUCACUUCCAGCACUGCAACGUCAGCAACGAUCCACAUGCUCACGGGCGAGAGCGGGUCCAGCGUGGCGGAGAGCACCGAUUGGACGCCGGCGAAUCUGGCGAUCAAGAGGAAGGGCGGUGGCGCUUCUCUCAAGUUUGAGCGGUCUGCAAGUGAUGGCAGUCCCGUGCCUUUCAACCCCAAGGGCAAGAACAUUCUCAUGUUUGCUUACAAGAGCACGGCUUUUGACACUAACGACAUACAUGAUGAGGAGUAA